AUGACUCAGUAUACAUACUAUACUGGAAACCCACAGUUAGCAUGGGAUGAGGUGAAGCUAGAAUAUGUGAAAAUGCUUUAUGCGCACGUUGACCUUCCCCUUUGCAUAAAAAACAUUGAAGAUUUUCCUGGAGAGAGAAAAUUACAUUGUGAUGCGUAAAGUGCGUCCCAUAAUCAGACUCAGAAAGAAAGCCAAGUCUGGAGGGCUCCAUGUGAGCUGUCUGGCGUUUGGUUUUUAACCACGACACAUCAACCUGAACCUGCUGAUUGACGGCCAGCCAAUAACAGAACAGGAGCUGACAGGGGGGCAGCUGCUGCCCAAUGUAGAUGGGGCGUACCAGCUGAGGUCAUUGCAGAGGAACUGAGAGAGAGACACAACUAUACCUGCACUGUCUCCCACCUCAGUCUGGACAACAAGCUGGAUGUCAGCUGGGUACCUGAGCCAGGCAGAGACAGAGUCAGCCUAGCUGUGCUUUCAGUUCCACUGACUAUGAUGGUGGUGAUAACUAUUCUGCUAAGCUUUGUUGUUUGUGUCAGGAAGAGGAGACACUAGCUCUGAGACAUUGUCACUGUCAUGGGCCUCUCACUCCACCGGGUUACCACCUUAAUUUUCUUCCACUCUGCUCACCACUCUCUCUACUCAGCCUAACUAGCUCCACCUGUCCCUGCUCUGCUCUGCUCUAAUUACUCUGCCAGCUGCGCUGCAUUACCCACUACCUCUCCCAGUAUUUAAGGCCCUGUCUUUCAGCUCUCCGGUGUCAGAUCGUCUGCAAAGCUCACACCCGGAACCUGUUUGCUCGCGCUUCUGGCUCACCCUGGUUUUGUGACCCCGGACCUGCCUGUUUUUUUGGAUACUCUUCUGCCUCAGGAGAUCCAGACCUGCUUCUGCCAUUACGACUCCUGACUACUCUUCAAUCCCGGUAACUCUGACCAGCCUUCUGCCUUGCUACUACGUAUUUUGGAUUUCCCUUGAACUGUACUGCUGCCUUGUUUCAUUCCGCCCUGUUGUGUCUGUGUCUCCCCCCCCCCAGGACUUCUGGACCACCCACCACCGGCUUCAUAGGACGCAUCGCUGCCACUGGGGGGGGCACAGACCCAGCGCAUUGGACGGGAUCCCUGUUACCCCUGGAGCCUUCAUUCACUCCCUACUUCCCUUUUCCCUUAAGUUUAAUAAACUUUCUGGUGUGACGCAAUUGUGGUCCUCUGGUCGUCUGUCUGAACCGUGACAGUACGAUCUGACCAUUAUGGACUCAGCGCACACUUUCCCCGACAUGGAAACCGAUGAGCAUGAGCAGCAGUUCCAGCAGCAGCAACAACAACUCGCCAUGAUCAUUCAACUCCUCACCAACCUUACCCCAGCCAGUCUGCCCACCAGCCCUGCCCCCGAGUUACCUGCCCCGGUCAUUGCAGCCGCUGCUCCGGAACCCAAGAUUGGAAACCCCGAACGGUUCAACGGCGAUUCAACCCAGGUCCGGCCAUUCCUGACUAGCUGCCGACUUCAGUUCUCCUUGCACAAGACCUUGCCACGAGGGGCUAAGUGGGUAUGCAUACUCACCUGACGGCCGAGUCGCUGGAGGAGGACGUGCAACCUUGCCUGUUUCUAAGAAGAUUUGACUAGUAACAGACUCAGUGAGCAUUGCUAUUGGAGAAAGCCAGCGUAGGCAGACCUUGGCUCUCAAGAGAAGACAGCCUAAUGGUGCACCACAUGCCCACCAAAAAAUGAGGUGGAACGAGCUGCACUUCCUAACCUCGCCAAUGUAUGACCAUAUUUAAACCAAGAAAGACAACAUAUUUCCCUCCAGAUUACACCGAACCACUCCCAAGAAUUUGAAACAAAUCCAAUUUUGAUCAACGUUCCCAUAUCUAAUGGUGAAAUACCACAGUGUGCCAAGAUUUUUGUACCUGUUGCCAACAAGAAAAUGGCAACCCAGCGAAGAACAACACCUUGUUAAUACAACCCAUAUUUUGUUUAAUAAUUUAUUUUCCCUUGUUGUACUUUAACUAUUUGCACAUAAUAUGAACAUUUGGAAAUGUCUUUAUUCUUUUGGAACUUUUGUGGAGUGUAAUGGUGUACUGUCAAAACUUUGUUUGUUUAUUUACUUUUGUUAUUAUCUAUUUAACCUUGCUUUGGCAAUGUAACAUGUGUUCCCAUGCCCAAUAAAGUCCCUUAUAAAUUGAAAAAUGGGAAGAGAGAGAAAUCGAGAGAGAUAAUAGAGAUGAGAUAGAGAGAGGAGCAGACUUGCUCUCUCCUCUUCUCUCUCUCUUGCUCUCUCUCUCUCUCGCUCCGCUCUCUCCUCUGCUCUCUCUCUCCAUAGAUAGAGAGAAGGAGAGGAGAGUAAAGGUAUAUAUUUACUGUGAAGGCAUUGAAAGCUACUACCAGUAUGCUACAGUCUCAACUCUCAGCAGCAGUAUAACACACGGCUUUACGACUCACAGCAGUGUACUGUCUGCCUGAAGGGCUGCUUUUAUUUCCUCAUCUGCCUGAGCCUCUUCACUUAGAGAGGAAGUGUAGAUACUAUGAUGUUAGACACAUAGCUGUUUGAGGAGACUAAAGUACAUCUCAAUCUAAGCUGAAACGACUUCAAUGCUGCCACUACUGCUGAGUGAGGAGCAGAGAGAAGCACGUAGAGUAGAGUGUCUGCUGCUAUGGCUCAUAGAGCCAGGCACUACAGGCAGGGCUCUUCAUUACACUCUAAAGACACACACUGUCACUUCUAUCACAGCCGACCACAGCCGGACUGAGUGGGAGAGAAAAAUGGCACCAAAACAUUAUGAGUUCCCUGGAGAGGGUGGAGAGGGGUGGGAGGGAGGGUAGAGAGGAUGGGGGAGAGCGGGGGCUGUGAUGGAUGGGCAUGUGUGACCCAGGGCGGACGGGGUGAGAAGAGGAGAGGAGGGGGUGAGGCAGCCGUGGGCUUUUAUAGUUGAGAGCCCACACACACACACACAACGACACCACCUCCUGAUCCACCGACCAGAGCGUAGCGAGAAUGAACACACACACAGAGAGCGAGACCAUGCCAGUCCAGUCGUGUCAAGGCUGAGAGCGGCCUCACUAAGGAGGUUCCGUCAGUGCUCCUUCGCAUCCAUGUCAAAACAGGACAGACUCCAUAUUCAACAGAUAAAGAAAGCUGCCACGCUACGGGAAUACACAAGCAGAGCCGACCUGCCAAUCUACCCAAUUUAGUCCAAGAUUUUUCCAGCCAGCAAUUUCAUCCAAAAAUAAUCAAUGUGAUGAUGUUGAAUCAACGUGGAAAACUGAUUGGAUUUGCAAAAAUCCGCAAUUUAAGGGCAUUUCGUAUUUUCUUCCCCAAACCUUUAACCUGAAAUGUUUUGUUGAGUUUUUACAUUGAUUUUACAUUAGUUGAAAAAACAACCCAAAAUGUAAAUCAAAAACUAGAUGUUGAACUGACGUCUGUGCCCAGGGGGAUGCUUAUUACCAAGCAGCAUCAAUUUGAGAAACAAAUAGUUUGAACACUAAAUGCCUUAGUCAACAGAGGCCAGAGGGAAACAUCAUCUCUCUGCAAGACAAAAGGAAUAAAAAACUAAACCAAACAUUAAAAAUGUCCGCAGUGUUUGAGAAACAGUUUAUAUUGCAGACUGUUCAAAGUAUGCUUUGGUUUCCUCAUAAGAAUAUAUUAAUACUUAGUUCCUGGAAGGUGUGAUGAUUUUUUAGGUACAGUAAAUAAAUCUGGGCAGAUGUUCAUUGUUGUUGGGGAUGGUUGUUAUAUGGAAUGUGGGGCUGGUUAUCAACCUUCAACUCCAUUAUAAUUUCAACACCAUUAUAAUAAAUCCAGUGGUGUAGUGUAGGGUAAACGCAAAUAAACGCAGUUUUACCCCACUUUUUUUUGGGCCCAACAGUUUACAAAACUUUUGCAACAAAAUGCAUUAAAAGUAUAGGAAGCUGAACUUUUUUCACCGUGACCGGCGAUGAUCAGAGUUUACCCACCGAUUUUUUACCCACUACAUUACUGAUUAAAAUCCCAAGCUCUUUUGUGCUUGUGCUCCCUUCGUUGCCUCUCUCUCUCACCACACAUAUUCCUUCUGUCACACGCCCAUGCACGCACCACAUGCAUGUGCAAACAACACGCAUACACACGCAAAAUGUCAUAUGUUAUCGUUUGAUCAAAGAAUGGACCUAGCUAUUUCUAAGGACUGUAUGCAAUAUUGCUUCAUUUCCUCUUACAAAAGGAAUAAGCUACUAGCAAACAUUGUGACAACCAAUACCAUACUGUGUGACAUCCAACCCGCGAUGGGGCUGGUUGUCACAAGUGGACAGAGUGUGUGCGAUAGCAUAAAGAGUGAAAAUAGAAAGUCUAUAACCUCUUGAACAUUUUCUUCACACAUUUUGUUGUCAGUUGCCUCAGAGUUUCAUGCAUUUAAAGAAGGACUUUUAAGGGGAGUUUCUUUUGUUGAAAAAAAGUAUACAUAAAAAAUACAACACUGAAAUAGUCUCGAGUUAGUACUUGGUGGAAGUACCUUUUGCAGAAAUUACAGCUGUCGUUGGGAUAGGUCUCUACCUACUUUGCACACCUAGAUUUGACAAUAUUUGACCAUUCUUUACAAAACUGUUCAAGCUCGUUCAAGUUCCUUAGGGAGCGUUGAUGGACAGCAAUCUUCAAGUCAUCAUGCCACACACUUUCGAUUGGAUUUAGGUCAGGGCUCUGACUGGGCCACUCCUAACUUUUACCAAUUUAAUCCCUAAAGCCACCCAACAGACUGUACGUUUUUAGCCAUUUAAGGAGAGGACAACAUUCCACAGGCAAACAAUCAACAACCUAAUGAAUUAUUUAAAUCAACUGAUUUUCCUUAUAUGAACUGUAAACUCAGUAAAGUCUUAGAAAUUGUUCCAUGUUUGUGUUUAUAUUUUUGUUCAGUGUAAAUUCAUUAGGCCCUAAUCUAUGGAUUUCAUAUGACUGGGAAUACAGAUAUGCAUCUGUUGGUCACAGAUACCUUUAAAAAAAGUAGGGGCGUGGAUCCAGAAAACCAGUCAGUAUCUGGUGUGACCACCAUUUGCCUCAUGGAGCGCGACACAUCUCCUUCGCAUAGAGUUGAUCAGGCUGUUCAUUGUGGCCUGUGGAAUGUUGUCCCACUCCUCUCUGCGAAGUUGCUGGAUAUUGGCGGGAAACUGGAACACUCUGUUGUUACACGUCGAUCCAGAGCAUCCCGAACAGGAUCAAUGUUUGACAUGUCUGGUGAGUAUGCAGGCCAUGAAGAACUGGGACAGGAAUUGUGUACAGAUCCUUGAGACAUGGGGCCGUACAUUAUCAUGCUGAAACAUGAGGUGAUUGCGGCGGAUGAAUGGCACGACAAUGGGCCUCCAGGAUCUGUCAUGGUAUCUCUGUACCUUUAAAUUGCCAUCGAUUAAAAUGCAAUUGUGUUCAUUGUCCGUAGCUUAUGCCUGCCCAUACCAUAACCCCACCGCCACCAUAGGAAUCACAACGUUGAUAUCAGCAAACCGCUCGCCCACACAAACACCAUACAGGUGGUUUGCGGUUGUGAGGCCCGGUUGGACAUACUUCAAAAACAUCUCUAAAACGAAGUUUGAGACAAUUUAAUGUUAAUUUCUCUACCAUAAACUAUCUGGCAACAGCUCUGAUGGACAUUCCUGCAGUCAGCAUGUCAAUUGCACGCUCCCUCAAAAACUUGAGACAUGUGGCAUUGUGUUGUGUGACAAAACUGCACAUUUUAUUGUCCCCAGCACUAGGUGCACCUGUGUAAUGAUCAUGCUGUUUAAUCAGCUUCUUGAUAUGCCACACCUGUUAGGUGGAUGGAUUAUAUUGGCAAUGUAAACAAAUCUUGGCAAUGUAAACAAAUUUGUGGAACCAAAAUUUGAGAGAAAUAAGCUUUGUACGUAUGGAAAAAUGUCUGGGAUCUUUUAUUUCAGCUCAUGAAACAUGGGACCAACACUUUACAUGUUGCGUUUAUAUUUUUGUUCAGUGUAAAUAUAUAUAUAUAUAUACACACAGUGCAUACGGAAAGUACUCAGACCCCUGACUUUUUCCACAUUAUGUUACAUUACAGCCUUAUUCUAAAAUAGAUUUUCCUCAUCAAUCUACCACACUAUACACUCAAACAUUUUUGGUAAAUUGUUGUUCUUUUUAAAAAUGAAAUAUCACAUUUACAUAAGUAUUCAGACCUUUACUCAGUACUUUGUUGAAGCACCUUUGGCAGCGAUUACAGCCUUGAGUCUUCUUGGGUAUGACACUACAAGCUUGGCACACCUGUAUUUGGGAGUUUCUCCCAUUCUUCUCUGCAGAUCAUCUCAAGCUCUGUCAGGUUGGAUGGGGAGCGUUGCUGCACAGCUAUUUUCUGGUCUCUCCAAAGAGGUUCGAUCGGGUUCAAGGCUGGGCUCUGGCUGGGCCACUCAAGAACUUUCAGAGACUUGUCCCGAAGCCACUCCUAUGUUGUCUUUGCUGAGUGAUUAGGGUCGUUGUCCUGUUGGAAGGUGAACCUUCGCCCCAGUCUGAGGUCCUGAGCGCUUUCAUCAAGGAUCUCUCUGUACUUUGCUGCGUUCAUCUUUCCCUCGAUCCGGACUAGUCUCCCAGUCCCUGCCACUGAAAAACAUCCCCACAGCAUGAUGCUGCCACCACCAUGCUUCACCGUAGGGAUGGUGCCCUUCUCCCCCGAUUGCUCAGUUUGGCCGGGCGGCCAGCUCUAGGAAGAGUCUUGGUGGUUCCAAACUUCUUCCAUUUAAGAAUGAUGGAGGCCACUGUGUUCUUGGGGACCUUCAAUGCUGCACACAUUUUACCCUUCCCCAGAUCUGUGCCUCGACAAAAUCCUGUUUCGGAGCAACUAGGUACAAUUCCUUCAACCUCAUGGCUUGGUUUUUGCUCUGACAUGCACUGUCAACUGUGGGACCUUAUAUAGUGUGUCUUUCCAAAUCAUAUCCAAUCAAUUGAAUUUACCACAGGUGGACUCCAAUCAAGUUUGUAGAAACAUCUCAAGGAUGAUCAAUGGAAAUAGGAUGCACCUGAGCUACAUUUCAAGUCUCAUAGCAAAGGGUCUGAAUACUUAUGUAAAUAAGAUAUUUAUGUUUUUUUAUUUUUAAUACAUUUGCCAAAAUGUAAAAAAAACUACUAUUAUGGGGUAUUGUGUGUAGAUGAGAGAAAAAAAGUAAUUUAAUCAGUUUUAGAAUAAGUCUGUAACUUAACAAAAUGUGGGAAAAAUCAAAGGGUCUGAAUACUUUCUGAAUGUACUGUAUACAGGGGGUACCGGUACCGAGUCAAUGUGCGGGGGAUACAGGAUAGUCUAGGUAAUUUGUACAUGUAGGUUGGGGUAAAGUGACUAUGCAUAGAUAAUAAACAGCGAGUAGCAGCAGUGUAAAUAGUCCGGGUGGCCAUUUUAUUAAUUGUUCAGCAGUCUUAUGGCUUGGGGGUAGAAGCUGUUAAGGAGCCUUUUGGACCUAGACUUGGCGCUCGGGUACCGCUUGCCGUGCGGUAGCAGAGAGAACAGUCUAUGACUUGGGUGACUGGAGUCUUUGACAAUUUUUUGGGCCUUCCUCUGACACCGCCUAUUAUAUAGGUCCUAGAUGGCAGGAAGCUUGGCUCCAGUGAUGUACUGGGCCGUACGCACUACCCACUGUAGCGCCUUACGGUCGGAUGCCGAGCAGUUGCCAUACCAGGCGGUGAUGCAACCGGUCAGGAUGCUCUCGAUGGUGCAACUGUAGAACUGUUUGAGGAUCUGGGGACCCAUGCCAAAUAUUUUCAGUUAAUUAAAACAACGCUUUAAUUUCACAGAAGGUAUUCAUGUACAGCAGAGAAUGGUUGGCUGUGAGAUGUUGAACAAUGAUAAACCGGUCCUAAUGCUGUCCAGAGACACUUUCAAUAAGAUUAUUGCAGAUGGGAUGUGAUAUAACAUGACUCAGUAUACAUACUAUACUGGAAACCCACAGUUAGCAUGGGAUGAGGUGAAGCUAGAAUAUGUGAAAAUGCUUUAUGCGCACGUUGACCUUCCCCUUUGCAUAAAAAACAUUGAAGAUUUUCCUGGAGAGAGAAAAUUACAUUGUGAUGCGUAAAGUGCGUCCCAUAAUCAGACUCAGAAAGAAAGCCAAGUCUGGAGGGCUCCAUGUGAGCUGUCUGGCGUUUGGUUUUUAACCACGACACAUCAACCUGAACCUGCUGAUUGACGGCCAGCCAAUAACAGAACAGGAGCUGACAGGGGGGCAGCUGCUGCCCAAUGUAGAUGGGGCGUACCAGCUGAGGUCAUUGCAGAGGAACUGAGAGAGAGACACAACUAUACCUGCACUGUCUCCCACCUCAGUCUGGACAACAAGCUGGAUGUCAGCUGGGUACCUGAGCCAGGCAGAGACAGAGUCAGCCUAGCUGUGCUUUCAGUUCCACUGACUAUGAUGGUG